UAUUUUCCAGCUGAGGUGGUGCCCCAUCUUUUCGGGAAGGUCGUUUCAGUCAAUUGGCUUGAAAAAUGGAUACGGGAGGAGCAGUGAAGACGGAUAUUAUAAUUGUCAGUAAGAACACUCUUUCUAUCUCUUCUACUUCCACAAACCUUGUUAACUCACUGACACACCUUUCCAACGAAAACAACAACACAAGAAGAUAAAAGAGCCAGAAAUGCAGGAAAUACACUCCCUCGGCGGCGGAAGGUUUUUCGGCGGCGGCGGAGACCGGAGAUUGAGGCCCAACCACCACAACCACCAGCAACCCCUGAAGUGCCCUCGCUGUGACUCACUCAACACCAAGUUCUGUUACUACAACAACUACAACCUCUCUCAGCCGCGCCAUUUCUGCAAGAACUGUCGCCGCUACUGGACCAAAGGCGGCGUCCUCCGUAACGUCCCCGUCGGCGGCGGUUGCCGGAAAUCAAAGCGCUCCAACAAGCCGAAAGCCACCACCAACAACAACAACACUUCCUCUUCCUAUGAAACCGCCCCCACGCCGCAACCGCCGCCCCUGUCACAGCCGUCGGAGCGGGAACGUAACUCUAAUUCUCACUCCAGCAGCGAAAGCUCCACCCUAACCGCGGCGGAGGCGGUGUCGGCGCCGACAUCAAACGCUGCGUCGAACAACAAUUUGUUACGCGACAACAUUCGCGAGUCGAAGCUGUUCGCCAACCCCUCUUCGGAACUUGAACAAGAAGGUGGUGGUGGUGAUCACUCUGGCAUUUUCUCUGAGAUAGGGAGCUUGACGAGCCUUGUCACUUCUAAUAACGAGGCGCUGGCUUUUGGCUUUGGGAAUAACAAUAACAUCCUCGAUGCGACGUCGUUUCGGUUCGGUCCUACUCAUCCGCACGGGAAUGAUCAGGUACAAGUGGCACCAGGUAGUGGCCACGGGCAGUGUCAGUGGCAACAGCAGAAUCACGAGGAGUUCGCUGCGGCGUCGUUUCUUGAUCACGCGCUUUCGCUUGAGCUCUCUACGCUGCAGAAUAAAACUGGGCAUGGAGCGUUUGGAUCGUUGGAUUGGCAUGCCGGUUCAGAUCAAGGUUUGUUUGAUCUUCAUCACACCGUAGAUCAACCUUACUGGACCCACACUCAUUGGUCUGAUCAAGACAAUCCCACUCUCUUUCAUCUUCCCUGAAGAAAUUUCUCUUUUUUUUUCUAAUAUGUUUUUUAUAACCUAAGGUAAGAGCAAAGAAUAUUUGGAAUCUAAACCCAAGUAAAAA